AUGUCGAUUGCCCUCGAUAUGGACUCGGCCAAGAACCGCAAGCACGCGUCCACCUCGGCGUCUGCGCCGUCCGGCUCGGCAUCCUGUUCGGUCAUCGUGCCCGCCUUCCGGGAGAAUGCCAACUUGCGACCGCUUGUGACGCGGUUGUUCCAGGCGUUUUCGUCGCACGCCUCGUCGAGCGAAUUGGGCGAUUUGGAGGUCAUCAUCGUCGACGACAACUCGCGCGAUGGCAGCGUAGAGACGGUCGAGCUUCUGCAGUCUACGGGUUACAAUGUUCGCAUCGUCGUCCGAACCGCCGAACGCGGAUUGUCGUCGGCGGUGGUAAGGGGGUUCAGAGAAGCUCGGGGGGCAAGGAUGAUCUGCAUGGAUGCGGAUCUUCAACAUCCUCCCGAAGCUGUUCCUUCGCUUUUGCUCGCACUCAACGAUCACAAGAGCUUCGUCCUCGGCACGCGCUACGGCGAAGGUGUAGCCAUGGAUAAGGAUUGGCCGUUGCAUCGACAAAUCAUCUCGAGCGGCGCAAGGAUGCUGGCGCGUCCACUCACCUCGGCCUCCGACCCCAUGUCCGGCUUCUUUGGCAUCACAAGUUCGGCAUUCAAGAAUGCAGACCACAACAUCAACGCCCAGGGCUUCAAAAUCGCCCUCGACCUCCUCGUCAAAUCCGGCGUCCCCAACUCGGCCAUCGCCGAAAUCCCCUUCAGCUUCGGAAUCCGCCAAGAGGGCGAGAGCAAACUCGACGGAAAAGUCAUGAUCAACUACCUCGAACAACUCGCCGAACUCUACAGGUUCAAGUUCGGCACGCUCCCCUGCAUCUUUGUCCUCAUCCUCGCACUUAUCCUCGCCCUCUACAUCUGGUCCCACCUCGUCUAUCCGCUCCUCUUCUCCUAA